UGAAACGCCUCAUUCGAACAAGGACCUAACUGGGAUUCAAUGAAACAGAACUGAAAUUAACGCCUUUUAUUGUGGAACUGGUGGUAACGUUACCUAUUGGCCGACACUCCCUUACUGCUGGGAGUCAUCAAUAUGCAGGGUAACGGUGCACACUGAAGGAAGGUAGCACCAACAAUAUGGCGACAUCCGCAAUUUCUUCCGAAUUUAUUCGACAUCUGCAGUGCAGUGAGGAUUUUUUGGAUACCCGCUAACGUAAUCAUUAAUUAGCUGCCGUGGAGGGUACAUAACAGGAGAAGAAGUUGCUGCAGGAUGAAAACAUGGCUGCACCCCUUAUUGCACCGCCAGGACCUGACAGCUUCAAAUACUUUACCAGGGAAUCUCUGUGUGAAAUCGAGAAGCGCAUUGAGGAGGAGAAAGCCAAGCCGCCUCCUAAGCCAGACACCAGCUACCGCGACGAUGACGACGAGAACAAGCCCAAGCCUAACAGUGACCUGGAGACGGGCAAGAGUCUGCCCUUCAUCUACGGGGACAUCCCUCCUGGCAUGGUGGCAACACCACUGGAAGAUUUAGAUCCCUUCUAUGCUAAUAAGAAAACAUUUAUAGUCCUUAAUAGAGGGAAAACAAUCUUCCGCUUUAGUGCCACACCUGCCUUGUACAUGAUAAGCCCUUUUAAUCUUGCUAGGCGAAUAGCGAUUAAAAUUUUGAUACAUUCAGUCUUCAGCAUGUUCAUUAUGUGUACGAUUUUGACCAACUGUGUGUUCAUGACUUUUAGUAAUCCUCCCGAGUGGUCCAAACAAGUAGAGUAUACCUUCACUGGAAUUUAUACAUUUGAAUCGCUUACAAAAAUCAUUGCCCGUGGAUUCUGUAUAGAUGGCUUCACAUUCCUUAGAGAUCCAUGGAACUGGCUGGAUUUCAUGGUCAUCUCAAUGGCAUAUGUAACAGAGUUUGUGGACCUGGGGAAUGUAUCUGCGCUGAGAACAUUCAGGGUUCUCCGAGCAUUGAAAACUAUCUCUGUCAUUCCAGGUCUGAAGACCAUCGUUGGCGCUUUGAUCCAGUCUGUGAAGAAGCUGUCAGAUGUGAUGAUCCUCACCGUGUUCUGCCUCAGUGUCUUUGCCCUCAUUGGUCUGCAGCUCUUCAUGGGAAAUCUGCGGCAAAAGUGUGUCAUCUGGCCCAUUAACAUCACAGACAUGUUCCCCGAUACCAAUGGCAGCAAUGCAUUCAACUGGGAUGUCUACAUCAUGAAUGAGAAAAAUUUCUACUUCCUGCCAGACCAGUUGGAUGCUCUUCUAUGUGGAAACAGCUCUGAUUCAGGUCGCUGUCCUGAAGGCUACACAUGUAUGAAGGCUGGUCGCAAUCCAAAUUAUGACUACACCAGCUUUGACAGUUUUGGCUGGGCUUUCCUGGCUCUCUUCCGCCUCAUGACGCAGGACUUUUGGGAGAACUUGUACCAGCUGACCCUGAGAGCAGCGGGGAAGACCUACAUGAUUUUCUUUGUGCUGGUAAUCUUUGUUGGCUCGUUCUACCUUGUGAAUCUGAUCCUGGCUGUGGUGGCUAUGGCAUAUGAGGAACAGAACCAGGCCACUAUGGAAGAGGCGGAGCAAAAGGAGGCGGAGUUUAAAGCCAUGCUGGAAGCGCUGAGGAAACAUCAGGAGGACGUGCAGGCUAAUGCUAUGGCAACGUCGGCGGGGACGGUGUCUGAGGACGUGGUGGAUGAUGAUGGUGAAGGAGGAGGGAACUUGUCCUGCAGCUCAUCUGAGAUGUCUAAACUCAGUUCCAAGAGUGCCAAAGAGCGACGCAACCGCAAGAAGAAGUGGCGGCAGAAAGAGCAGGACAAGGAGAAAGGGGACAGUGAGAAGUUUGUCAAAUCCGAAUCAGAUGAUGGAAGCAGGAGGAGCAGAUUCCGGUUCCCUGACAACCGUUUAGGGCGUAGGAGUUCCAUAAUGAACCAGUCUCUGCUCAGUAUCCCAGGCUCACCAUUCCCUUCAAGACGCAACAGUAAGAGCAGCAUCUUCAGCCGCUGUAAGGACGGAGGCUCAGAGAAUGAGUUUGCAGAUGAUGAGCACAGCACGGUUGAGGAGUACGACGAGAGGCGCGAUUCAUUCUUAAGCCCGCAACGUCGCAACAGCUACACGGGUUACUACGGCAAGCGCAACAGCACUGUGGAUUGCAAUGGAGUGGUCUCUCUCAUCGGGCCGGGGCCUGGCGGACGCCUACUGCCUGAGGUGAUAAUAGAUAAGGCAGCCACUGAUGACAGCCCAAAUUCUGAUCUUGAAAUCAAGAAGAAACUCUCAGGCUCUCUAAUGGUUUCCAUAGAGCAGCUUAACACAUCGUUUGGGCGCAAGGAACGAGCCAACAGUGUGAUGAGUGCGUUAACCAACACAUUGGUUGAGGAACUGGAAGAGUCUCAGAGGAAUUGUCCACCAUGCUGGUACAAAUUCGCCAACACAUUUCUUAUCUGGGAGUGUGGCCCCGUUUGGAUGAGGAUUAAAGAGAUUGUGAACCUGAUUGUGAUGGACCCUUUUGUGGACUUGGCUAUCACCAUUUGUAUUGUGCUGAAUACUCUCUUUAUGGCCAUGGAGCAUUACCCUAUGACGCCGCAAUUUGAGCAUGUUCUGAGUGUCGGAAACCUGGUGUUUACUGGUAUCUUCACUGCCGAAAUGUUUGCCAAACUGGUUGCAAUGGACCCAUACUACUACUUCCAAGAGGGCUGGAAUAUAUUCGAUGGCUUCAUUGUGAGCUUGAGUUUGAUGGAGUUGGGCUUGGCCGAUGUGGAAGGUCUUUCUGUGCUGAGAUCCUUCCGAUUGCUGAGAGUGUUUAAGCUGGCUAAGUCAUGGCCCACCCUCAACAUGCUGAUAAAGAUCAUUGGUAACUCAGUCGGAGCUUUGGGGAACCUGACCCUGGUGUUGGCCAUCAUCGUCUUCAUCUUCGCCGUGGUGGGCAUGCAGCUGUUUGGGAAGAGCUACAAGGACUGUGUGUGUAAGAUCUCUCAGGAUUGUGAGCUUCCCCGCUGGCACAUGAAUGACUUCUUUCACUCUUUCCUAAUUGUGUUCCGGGUGUUAUGUGGAGAGUGGAUCGAGACCAUGUGGGACUGUAUGGAGGUGGCUGGACAAGCCAUGUGUCUCAUUGUCUUCAUGAUGGUCAUGGUCAUAGGGAAUCUGGUGGUCUUGAAUCUGUUCCUUGCCUUGCUGCUGAGCUCGUUCAGCGCAGACAACUUGGCAGCUUCUGAUGACGACGGUGAGAUGAACAACCUGCAGAUUGCAGUUAUCCGCAUUAAGAAGGGAAUUGCCUGGGGGAAGAUCAAAGUUCGAGAACUGGUCAACAUCAUCCUCAGGAGGAAGGUCACCGAUGAGGCCAAGCCUCUGGAUGACAUGUACGACAGGAAGCUGAACUGCAUCGCCAAUCACACGGGUGUGGACAUCAGUCGUGACAUGGAUUAUCAGAAAAAUGGCAACGGAACCACCAGUGGUAUCGGCAGUAGUGUGGGCAAGUACAUGAUUGAUGAUGACCACAUGUCCUUCAUCCACAACCCCAAUCUGACGGUAUGUGUGCCUAUCGCUGUGGGAGAGUCUGACUUUGAGAAUCUCAACACUGAAGAUUUCAGCAGCGAGUCUGAGGCAGAGGGCAGCAAAGAAUUGGAUGACAUCAGCUCAUCAGAGGGCAGCACCAUAGAUAUUAAACCAGAGGUAGAGGAAGCGGUGGUGGUGGAGGCGGUAGAGGAAUACGUUGACCCAGAAGCUUGCUGGACCGAAGCUUGUGUGGCCCGAUACAAGUGUUGUGAUGUACCCAUCACGGAGGGCUGGGGUAAGAAUUGGUGGUUCCUCCGGAAGACCUGCUAUCUCAUUGUGGAGCACAACUGGUUUGAAACCCUCAUCAUCUUUAUGAUCCUCCUCAGUAGUGGAGCAUUGGCUUUUGAGGAUGUGUACAUUGAACAGAGGAAGACUAUUCGUAUCAUUCUGGAGUAUGCUGACAAGGUCUUUACCUACAUCUUCAUAUUGGAGAUGUUGUUAAAGUGGGUAGCCUACGGUUUUGUCAAGUACUUCACCAACGCUUGGUGCUGGCUGGACUUCUUCAUUGUUGACGUGUCUAUAGUCAGCCUUAUAGCUAAUGCGCUGGGCUACUCCGAUCUAGGGCCCAUUAAAUCACUCAGGACACUAAGGGCCCUGAGACCCCUCAGAGCAUUGUCACGUUUUGAAGGGAUGAGGGUGGUAGUCAACGCCUUGGUGGGUGCCAUCCCUUCCAUUAUGAAUGUGUUGCUGGUUUGCCUCAUCUUUUGGCUGAUUUUCAGUAUCAUGGGUGUCAACCUGUUUGCGGGGAAGUACUACUACUGCUACAACCAGACGGAAAAGGCAUACUUCGAUAUCGAAACGGUCAACAACAAAUCAGAUUGCCUAUAUUUGAUGCAACAGAACUUCACUGAGGUGCGCUGGAAGAACGUCAAAAUCAACUUUGACAAUGUGGGCGCUGGUUACUUAGCUCUGCUACAAGUGGCAACCUUUAAAGGAUGGAUGGACAUCAUGUACGCAGCAGUUGACUCUCGAAAGGUGGGAGACCAGCCGAAGUAUGAGGACAACAUCUACAUGUACAUCUAUUUUGUCAUCUUUAUUAUAUUCGGCUCUUUCUUCACCCUCAACCUCUUCAUUGGUGUCAUCAUCGAUAACUUCAACCAGCAAAAGAAAAAGUUUGGAGGUCAGGAUAUAUUCAUGACCGAGGAACAGAAGAAGUACUACAAUGCUAUGAAGAAGCUUGGCUCAAAGAAACCACAGAAACCCAUACCCAGACCCCAGAACAAGCUUCAGGGGAUGGUGUUUGACUUUGUGACACAGCAGGUCUUUGAUAUUUCCAUCAUGAUCCUCAUCUGUUUGAAUAUGGUCACCAUGAUGGUUGAGACUGAUGAUCAGUCACAAGAGACCGAAAACAUUUUGUACUGGGUUAACUUCAUCUUCAUUGUGUCCUUCACCUCUGAAUUUGUCCUGAAGCUCUUUGCACUGCGUCAUUAUUACUUCACCAACGGCUGGAACAUAUUUGACUGUGUUGUGGUCAUUCUCUCUAUCGUGGGUAUGUUCUUGGCUGACCUGAUUGAGAAGUACUUUGUGUCUCCAACAUUGUUCAGGGUAAUCCGUCUGGCUCGAAUUGGGCGUAUCUUGCGUCUGAUCAAAGGAGCAAAGGGCAUUCGGACUUUACUGUUUGCCCUGAUGAUGUCACUGCCGGCCCUGUUCAAUAUCGGCCUUCUGCUGUUCUUGGUCAUGUUCAUCUUUUCUAUUUUUGGCAUGUCAAACUUUGCCUAUGUGAAGCGGGAGGCUGGCAUAGAUGACAUGUAUAACUUUGAAACAUUUGGGAAUAGUAUGAUCUGUCUGUUCAUGAUAACCACCUCAGCGGGAUGGGACGGCCUUCUCGCUCCCAUUCUCAAUUACCCACCGGAUUGCGAUCCGAAGAAGGAGAAUCCAGGUACUACGGUGAAAGGUAACUGCGGAAACCCUUCAGUGGGCAUCUUUUUCUUCGUCAUGUACAUUAUUGUCUCGUUUCUCAUCGUGGUAAACAUGUACAUCGCCAUCAUUCUGGAGAACUUCAGCGUCGCCACAGAGGAGAGCGCUGACCCACUUUGUGAGGACGACUUUGAGUCCUUCUAUGAGAUUUGGGAAAAGUUUGACCCCACUGCUUCCCAGUUCAUUACCUUUGCCAAGCUGGGUGAUUUCGCUGACACUCUGGAGCACCCGCUGCGCGUUCCCAAGCCCAACACUAUAGAGUUGAUCGCCAUGGAUCUGCCUAUGGUUAGCGGCGACCGCAUUCACUGCCUAGACAUCUUGUUUGCCUUCACCAAGCGUGUGCUGGGGGAUAGCGGCGACCUGGACAUGAUGCGGCAACAGAUGGAGGAGCGAUUCAUUGCUGCCAAUCCUUCCAAAGUGUCUUUUGAGCCUAUCACCACCACUAUGCGCCGCAAGCAGGAGCAUAUGUCUGCCUCAGUCAUCCAGCGCUCUUACCGGGCAUAUCUUAUUCGGAGAGGCUUCAUCUGCAAGCGCUUGCUCGGCAGCAGCAGGCUGGAGAACGGCGGGACCAAUCGGGAAAAGAAAGAGAGCACACCUUCUACUGCCUCGCUGCCGUCCUACGACAGCGUGACCAAACCUGAGAAGGAGAAGUUGGAGGAGAGUGACAGAAAGGGCAAAAACCAAAAAGAUGUCAAGGAAUCUAAGUGUUAGGAACGAUGGAGACCGAACUCCGGAGUCGAGACUGAAACUAUCUGUUCUAACAAAUGUAUAGAAAAUCAUUUGCAACAAAAAACACAGAGAUCUUUGGGGGAAAAGGUUGUUUACAGACAACAAAUGCACCGGUGCAACAGGAAAGCAGCUUGGUUUUUUACAGCUUUGAUGAUGACCAAACCAACCUAUGAGCUUACUGUCUUACAUUUGUGCUUAGUGACCAAGAUUUUACUGUUCCAACUGCAGCCAAAAGGCACUUACAAGUAGAAAUAAAAUAAUGACCAAUGGCAGACAUCUUUGAUAGGGACCACCUGCCAAAGGACGAAGCAGUACAAAGUAAACUCAUUAGAUGGAUUCCUUUGCACCACCAUGUGUGGAGUUCAGCAUUCCUCCGAUACGGACAUCCCUUUCAAACACUACACUGCCGAAAUCCGACGGAAACCUCCGCUCAUCCCAGGAGGAUUCUGGGGUGUUGUAUUUUAACCAUAGGUGAACCAGUAAUAACGAUGUUAAAUCAAUCAUGUGGAGUGUCCGCAGAAAAAAAACCAGAACAAUAUGCAAGGGUUUUCCGUUGUUGUGAUGAAUAUCUCACCUUAUUUGACCCACAAAAAUGAGGGAAAAAGUUCAGCCCAUGUCAUUCACCUCGUCAUCAUCUCUUUGUUAUACUUACAGGAAAAAAAAGACAUUUUAUACAUGGGCUUUCACAUCGAUAAUGGGUUGGGGAUUAUCAGGGUUUUGACUUGGGCUGAAAGGUACUUACUCAGACCGAGUUCCUGGUAAAUAAAUAAUUAAUUGUGCUCGUUCAAUGCAUAGAAAUGAUUUGCAUGGUGGCAUGUUUUGAUCAGGAAUCAUGCAUGUAUAAUCAUAGUCCACUUGACACUACUACUCAAACCACAUCAGUGGCUUGACCAUACUUUCGAUACUGUCCACUAGUAAUCAAAUUAAAUAGAUAUAGCUGGGAAAUGAUUGGUCAAUAGCAACAUAUUUAACUACUGGCUAUGACAAGUAUAUUUAUACUUACCCCUCGUAAAGCUUACUUCCUGAUUAACCGGUUCUCACACCAUGCGUCAUGUGUGUAUUUUAAGGUGGCCGAUCAAAGCUAUUCAUUCGUUUGGAUAUACAGUGUGGCAACUGCACAUUCCACCCAUAGAGGUGUUUCACUGCCCUGGACUUGAGAAGUUGGGAGGAAAAUUUGGAGAAACGAUUUAACUCUAAUCAAAUCUUGGGUUCAUAAACCUUGAUUUGUUUUUUUACACCAGCAAUAUAAUUCAACUGCCCCUCAAUGUGCAGCUGAGGCUCUAGUUGGGCCUUCAAUAGAUCUUCAAAAGGUAUAGCCAUAAGGUACAUGCCAUUUUAACCCUUACAAUGCUUUGUCAGACCUCAGUGGGAGGCAAUCUCUUCGAUUUUCCUGGAGGUACUUGUCUUCAUGUCAGCACAUCCUCAUGUUUACCAUUUAAAGGGGUUGUCAGUUGUGUUAGCAUCUUGUUUUGUCUUAAAGAUGUUGAGGAAAGCACUCGAGUAGCCAUUUUUAAUGCAUCCUGUAGAUGUUAAUAGCUUUCUCCUUGUUGAAUGAAAAAGUGACUCAUGAGCAUUUGGUAUAGCUCGGAUUAUACACGUAAAACUGGCCUUACACAGCAGGAAAACAAAGCAGGCGACAGUUUUAGAAUGAAGUGAUGAGUACUUGUGUUGUCUGAUAGCAUGCAGUUUAUGAUGGUGAUACUACAAAUUGGCUUUUUUUACCUAUGUUGCUACCUCUUGAGCAAACUGCCAUCCUUUCUUGCUCUGGGUGCAAUGGAAAUUGAUUCAAUUUGCAACAGUAAUUCUAACGUUUACAGUAAUUUGAGUUUCAUUACCUCUUCUGUUCGGUAGGAAUGAAUGCUUAUUCUGGUGUGGGCUAGCCCAGUAUAAGGUGUUACGGUGGACCACAGACAACAUAAUACAAUGCUGAUAUAAACUGUAGGUAUAGGUUUAUGAAAGAUCAUAGGACAUCUCAAACUGCUGGGUCAGUAGACGUACGCCACCAGAGCCAGAGUGCUGGAGAAAGUACCAGUUUACAAACCCACUUCCUCUACUUCUUAGACCUGUUGGUCUGCUUACUGCCUGAGAUCUCUAAAUCAGCAUGGGUGCUGUGGACUUAUACCAAAUGAAGCCUGGUGAAACACUUAGACUACCAUGUAGUUUCCCCCAACUCCCAUUUUAGUUCAGACGUGAAAUGAAAAAUCACUCUCACUCACUGUAUGACAAGUUAAUGUAUCAUUCAAUGUACAGGAGGGGGCUAUGAUGUACAUGGCACAAUUGCUGAAAAGAAUGAACUUUUUGAGGAAAACUAUAAGCAUUGUAAUAUAUUAUUUUCUUUUAAAUGGCAUGCUUUGUUGUGGGUUUUGUAAAUACAGAAUUUUAAAGAAUUACUGCUAUUACUCUAAUAAUAAAUUAUAACAAUGAUAUAGAAUGGCUUCCAGCUGA